GGGACCGGAGUGGUUAGUUCCAUGAUGAAAUGGAUGCUGGGGGUGGAGAGCAGAGGCAGUGGGUGGAGCCCCACUGGCCCUUAAGAGCCGGCUGCCAAGGGGAUAGCAAAGCACUGGCCUCCCCCGCUGCAGUCAUCAGGCAUCAUGCAUGGGGUACGUGAGGAGGUGGCCAUGCUAGCGGCGGUCACCCUCUUUGGAGUCCUACUACAAGCCUACUUCUCCUGGCAAGUGAUCACAGCGAGGAGGAGAUUCAGGGUUGCACCCCCAGCCACCACUGGGCCCCCAGAGUUUGAGAGGGUCUUCCGAGCUCAGGCAAACUGCACAGAGUACUUCCCACUGUUCCUGGCCGUCCUCUGGGUCGCUGGCAUCUUCUUCCAUCAAGGUGUAGCAGCUGCCUGUGGCCUACUCUACUUGGGUGCCCGUUACAGAUACUUCCAUGGCUAUGCUGUGUCGGCCCAGGGGAGACUGGGCCCCCUCUACUUCGGUGCCCGGGUCCUCUGGCUGCUGGUAGCUCUGUCUGCAUUGGGCCUGGCCUUCCACUUUCUUCCAGCCUCCCUGAAGACGCCCCUCCUGAGGAGGCUGCAGUGGCUGGUUGUGAUGGGGUAGGAAGUGGGGUGGGACCCCAUGAAGGGAACAGAAGGUAUAGGCUAAGGGGGCUCUGGCACCGUGGAGAAAUACAAAGACCUGGGGUCCCUAGAGAGGGGGGUGUGAUGCAGACUCCCCCCAAGGUUUGAAACGGAAUUAAACUUUUAUUACAAUUCA